AUGUCCAAAAACGGGUCAGCCUAUGGCCAAGCGGCAGGCGACACGGACUUUCGCAAGAAAUAUGACCUUGAGGAGUACGCCGCGAAAGCCAAGGCGCGAGAACAGGCUGAAAAGGAAGAGCGCAAAGCACGAUGGGAGGCGAAGAUGCAGGGCAAAAAGUACUACAAGCCGCUGGACGGCAGCGAAACGCUCACGACCGCACGUAGCCACACCCAUGAUUUCAGCAAGCUGAUCGGCACGUCGAUGUUGGUGCCGGCUGGCGCGGGCGUAGGCAAGCGAGGGCGCGGCGCUGGCUUCUAUUGCGAGGCGUGCGACUUGACUUUCAAAGACAACAUGCAAUAUGUGGAGCACACAAAUAGCAUGCAGCACCAGCGCGCAAUUGGCGCGACCGGCGAGGUCAAAAAGGCCACAGCCGAGGAGGUACAUGCGCGUAUCGAGUUCCUGUGGCAACGCGAACAAGAAAAGAAAAAGGAGCAGGUGGUCUCGUUGAAGGAGAGAUUGCAGGUCAGGAAAGAAGAGGAGGAAAAGGAGAGAGAGGAGAGACGGAGGAAGCGGAAAGAGGCUGAAGAACGUAGGCGACGGGAAAAGCAAGAGGCAGCAAAGAUCAAGACCGAAUACGGUGAUGACGUGAGGAUAGAGGGUGAGCAUGAUGAGGAUGAUAUGAUGGCCGCCUUAGGAUUUACCGGCUUUGGCAGCACAUCAAAGAAGUAA